AUGCGCGACAUUAUCCUCUGGUCGCUGGCAGCGGCGGCAACAGUCCUCCAGAUUACCCAAGCGCUAGAACUAGUGAAAAGGUCUUCACCGGCGGUUAUUGGCUUUGAAAUCGAGCGCAGAAAGGUGCCAAUUCUCCCCGAAUCAGACGAUCGAAGGGUACGGCGCCAGAGCAAGGUGGUGAGCCAGGUAUUAGAUAAUAAGAAAACGCUUUAUUUCUGCAAUCUCACCCUAGGCACCCCACCACAAAAAUUGCAGAUGCACAUUGACACUGGGAGUAGUGAUCUGUGGGUAAACACCCCCAGUUCCAAAAUCUGCCAAGAUAGACGGAAUCUCUGCCAGGCUGGCGGCACAUACGAUCCCAAGAAGUCAUCCACGUAUAAGCGCAUCAACAGUAACUUCAAUAUCACUUAUGCAGAUGGCUCCAGCGCUGUUGGGGACUAUGUAUCUGAUAAGAUAAACGUUGGUGGAAUUUCUCUAGAGGAUUUUCAAUUCGCAGUCGGAUAUCAGUCUACAUCUAGAGAGGGAGUAUUAGGAAUUGGAUACCCUACGAACGAAGUCCAAGCUGUUCGAAACAGGGAGGCACCUUACGCCAAUUUGCCAAAGGCUCUCGUGGAUGGCGGCCUCAUCAAAUCUAAUGCCUAUAGUAUCUGGCUUAAUGAUCUUGACUCCAAUACAGGAGAAAUAUUGUUUGGUGGUGUCAACAAAGCCAAGUUCGAAGGCUCGUUGAAAACGCUUCCUGUCAUCCGUAAUCGGGGAACCUACAAAGAUCUUGCUGUUGCUUUAACUGGAUUGGCUGUGAACAGUGGCUCCGGUACUCAGCAGCUUCCGAGUGCUAAUUUUCCAUUCAGUGCCGUUCUUGAUACAGGUAGUAGUCUUACUUACCUUCCAGAUGCUAUCGUGUCCGACAUUUUUGAUGCCGUCUCCGCGCAAUGGGAUCCGGAGUCUGGUGCGGCUUACGUUCCGUGCUCUCUCGCUGGGUCCAAAUCCAAAUUCGUUUUCAGUUUCUCUGAGCCUAAAAUCUCCGUGGAUAUGGAUGAGAUGGUCAUUAAUCCCGGCCCCGGUUCAAACGGCGAGGCUCUUAAAUUUGAUGACGGCACGCUGGCAUGUAUCUUUGGCAUCGCCCCAUCACAGCACGCGAUUUCCAUCCUCGGUGAUACCUUUAUUCGAAGCGCUUACGUGGUUUACGAUCUUGAUAACGAUGAAAUUUCCCUUGCUCAGACACGUUUCAACACUUCUUCUAACGAUAUCCUCGAGAUUGGCACUGGCAAAGGAAGUGUACCGGAUGCGACUGCGGCUAGUGGUGCCGUAUCCAGUGCACCCCGAACUGCCACUGCCACCGUUCAGACCACCUUGACUCCAAUCGCAACUUCUGGUUCGAAUGCUGGCGUUCGACCUGUUAAGUCAACCGCCGGCGCGGUCCCGACAGCGAAACCUGAAUAUCCUAUUGGGAUGAUCGCAGGUCUCGCCGGAGCAGGCUUGGUAUUUGCUGCUAUGUAG